CGAUAACUAGUCUUCUCGUGGCAAAUGUCAGAUGUGAAUCUUUCUGUAAGUAAUUACUCAACGAGCAAACGAAGUCUAAGAGAGUAAAACAAUCAAUCUGCAAUAAAUAGGUGAAAACAAUUCACUCUACACUUUUUCUUUUCUUUUUUUUAUAAAAAAAAAAUCUUUUUUAAAAAAAAAUUCCGUCAAUAAAUCGAAACAUAAUUCAGGGGAUCUCGUUUAUCUAAGACGUACGUAAACAGUCAUUUAUUGUAGGGCUCUACCGUGGGUUAAGCAGCAUUGAUAAACGAGCUAGAUAAAUUAUGGGUCGAUGAUUAUAGGGCAGAGAAGGCGUUUUCUUUGGUGGUAAGUACACAAAGAAGAAAAAAAUAUUCGCUAGGUUCAAGAAGUUGUUCAGUUCCGCUGGAAAAAAGAAUUGAUCAUUACUGGAUUCUUUCAUCACCUAACUCGCUUUCAAUGGUCUUCAUGUUCCCACGCAGUUUUAUUUCGCUUUAAAAGAAAAAAGAAAAAGAGAAUUAUAGGACAUAAACAAAAAUAUAUCGGCUGAUAACCCCCCUUUUAUUUAUGCUUUUGUAAAGUUGUACCCCUGAGGAAUAAUUGAAAGAACGAUAGAUACGAAAUUUGCUAUAGCGAAAUAACUCAACAAAAAAAAAUCGUGCGAUUAAAAUGCGGCCAAAGAAUGGUUGAAUUCUCACUUAAACUCAGAUCUCGUUUAUUUUCUCGUUUAUCAUGACAAAAUAAUGCUGUUCCAAAAACAAUGCUUCUGUGGAUUAGUUCUAUGAAAGGAAUUGAAAUGGAGAAUGAAGAAAAAGUUUAUUUUAAGAGCUUUUUUUUAGAAAAGCCGUAUUUCAAAAGACACCUAACCCGCAGUUAUAGCGUCCGUUCGUUUUAAGUUUUUUUACAUUCUAUAUACUCAUCCAUGCUGUUUUUUCAAGUUGUUUUUUCCAUGUUGUUUGAUGAAUUAUGAUACCUUUAAACAAAUUCAGUGCAUUCUUUUUCAAUUCUCUCUAACUAGGAAAUAUUUGGUUCUAAGACACGAUUGUUUUUAACGCGUCGCGUUUUUGUUAAUGAAGCAAUUACCGAAUUACCUUUUACUUUGCUAAUUCAUAUAAAAAGUCCCUGUGUAUCGCUAAACGAGCUCUCAGAUCGUUUACAAAACAUAACCAAAUCUCGUUAAAAAAAAGAGCGCUCUCGAAAACUGCAUGGUAAGCGUCCAUGUAGGAAAUACGUCUAUUGUCAUUCUCUUGUAAAGAGAAUGACAAUGACAACAAAGAUGAGGAAACUUUUCGUUAGCAAACUUGCUAUUGCCUUGUCUUAUGGAGGGUCUUGUGCAUAUGGACGCAUACUGCAAGUGGAGUUGAGAGUAAAAGUGCCGUAUGCAAGCACCAGGGUAAGGUUCCUACCCUCUUGUUUCCAUGUUCUUUUCUUAUUCCUUUAAUCUUCUGGAUGAAAAUGUUGUAUACUCAAAAUUUCUUGCUUUAUGUCAUACAUAUAGAAAUUGGGUUGUUUACUAACGCUAUUCAAGCAAGUUUGCUAUCCUGAAUUACAAGCGAGUUCUAGCGUACAAACUCACGCAUUUGACAGGAAAUUGCAAUCCUUGUAAGGAUCGAGAUUUCUUCCUUGCUUGAGAAAGAAUAAUAGUUUAAACCAUGCAGAAUGAGCUAAAUCCGCUUUUAUUAUCUCAGAACUCGAUUCGGUUCGCUACUAGAGUCGCUAUUUUCUUCAUCAUCCGUGACGAACUUGUGGAAGCAAUUACCUGGAAACAUCCUGUGAAAUCUGUGUGUUUAGGAUUAACGAUUACUCUAUUAUACUUGCAUCCCGUAUCAUUUAGUGCCAUUCUGAUCUUGAUUUUUGUUACAAUGAUGCCCAUAAGCCUUACUCAUGAUGUGACCACAAAUUUGCGCGAUCUACAGAAUUUCAUGGCUUCGUACAGUUCAUCUUAUGACCAAUUGGUCCAUUUUCGUCAAAAUUAUUAUCACUAUAUUUCGCCGUCUACGAUCUCCUCCGUGCUUCUUACAUUUUUGGUCAUGGUCUCUUUAUUGGCUUUUUUGAGAAUUUCCAUCGACCGUUAUUUACCGAUUGGACUGUGGAUUGUCCUAAUUGCCUUACAUCCUCAGUUUCGAAACUUUUUCUACGAAUGGUAUUCGACGAAAAGAGACAGACUUCCUUCAUUGCAGCUUCGAAACGAAGUCGCUCAAGUUUGGAGACAUGUAGAGGAAAAAGAAGGCCAAACAAUGACUUUUUAUUCUCCUUCCCCAAAUUCUACCAGACUUCCACUGGUACCUUCUUUGGAACUCAUUGAUCCUCCUGCUAAUUAUAGUUGGGCCCCUGAUAGUUCCUGGACGUUUCAUUCUCCAAACGAAUUUCGUCGGUUUGUUUACUGGAACCCACAACCCGUCAAGCUCAAGCGUACCUCGUCCGUUCAUACAUAAAGAACGAGGCAGCCAACCGAGAUAUACACAUGCUAGUGUAUCUCUUAAAAGAAAAUGUAUACUAGUUUAAUUUUUUUGGGCACCAAUGAGACACCUGACAGUACACCAAUCUUCUCGUUGUUACGGUUUGAUUUCAUAUAAUAUGCUUAUGGAGAAGGUUCAGUUUGAUAUUGGAUUGUAUUGUAGUUUAAUGAAUUCAUG